CCGAGGACUUAUCUAUACCCAGAUAUCACGAAUAUCGCAAUUCUUCGGUUCUGCCUUUCGUUAUAAGUACACUUAUCUCUUUUUUUUCGGUCUCUCGCGCGGGCUACUGUGCAAGUUAUACACACGGGGACAACAUCUCCAUCCACAACAAUAAACCAACUAUUUUUCAUUAACUUUUAAGUUUUGUACACCUCAACUUGUGUGCAUCCAACAUGGCUGGACGAGGUGGUUACGAUGAUAGUAAUUAUGGACGUGGAGGCGGUGGAAGCAGCAAGCCCUUGCCCAUGGAGCCACCGUACAAAGCAUUUGUUGGUAAUCUACCCAAUGGCAUUGUCCAGGGUGACGUUGACAAAAUUUUUGCCAACAUGAAUGUCAAAAAUAUUAGACUUGUCAAAGAUCGUGAUACCGAUAGGUUUAAAGGUUUUUGUUAUGUUGAGUUCGAUGAUCUCUCCGAUCUGAAGCAGGCACUUACGUUGAAUGGUAUGGUUAGUGUGGAGGGACACAUGAUUAAAAUUGAUGUGGCCGAGGAUAAAAGAAACGAUAGAAGAGGAGGAGGCGGUUUCGAUAACAGAAAUAGAAGUGGUCCUCCAGGUGGCGGUUUCAAUAGAGGACGAGAAGGUAGUGGACCCCCAAGAGGAUACAAUGAUUUUGGAAACUACAACGAUCGAGGAAUGGGUGGAGGGAGGCAGGGCGGCGGCUAUAACGACAGUCGAAGCGGUAGCCGUGGGUACGGUGGCGGUGGUUUUAAUGACAAUUCCGGUAGUCGCGAUUGGAACUAUCGAGGUGGCAGUGGCUCCGAUGAUCAUCAACGGGGUCCUGGCGGUUCGUCGAGGUACGGUGGCGGCAGAUCUCGAGAUGGUCCGGGCUCCGACAGAAGCUAUAAGGACGAACCCUUCAUGAAUAGUACACCACCAGACACAACCGGCAGAAAGCCUUUGAAGUUAAAACCGAGAACUGUCGACGCUCCUGUGAACUCGUUAGCCGACACCACCGCACGAAGCGCAAUCUAUGGUGGAGCUAAACCCCGAGAAGAGAAAAUCGAAAACGAUGAUAAGUAAACCGAGAAAUAUUUUACCGUGACGUAUGAUAAUUUUUUUCUCCUCUUAUCAACGUUAUCCAAAAGAUCGAGAAAAUUCAAUCAUGUGUGACGGCAAGAGUUUCAUUGGAUAUAAGAUAAUGCAAACAAAACUUUAAAAGUAAGGCUCCUUCCAUUUACCUGUUUAGACAUCAAUGGGUGGAAUCUUCCCAUGGAUAAAACGAUACAUUUUUUUCUUCACUUAUCUUGAUUACAGUUUAUAAAUUUUCAAACCUAAUUAGUAAAAAAAAUAUAUCCAUGAGAAGAAUCUUCCUGCAAGAGAUUUUCUUUUGUUUUGUUGAGAAGACAGACACUGCUUCGAAACAGUUUUGACAGUUUGUUUUUCUUAUAUCAUAUAUGAAGAAAAAAAAAAAAAUUAUUUGUUACUUGAAAAAGUUGAAAUAUGUAAA